GCGCGAAAACCCUAGCUUACAGUUUGGCCAUGUCAAUUCCAGCGGAAUCGCCCUCUGAAGAAGAAUUUGAGAGAAGUAGUCAUCACCCUCCAGCUCCUUCCGAUGAGCUGUUUGAUAUAACAACCACAGUUGAUCCUAGUUAUAUAAUAUCCUUGAUCCGGAAGCUCCUUCCAGCAAAUGUGAAGCAUGGAGAGAUAUGCAAGAUAACCACAUCUUCUCCACCUGAGAAUGGAGGAGAUCAGAGCAGGUCUAUUGAUGAGUCUGAAACUACGGAGAACAUUGAAAAUUCUGUUGAACAACCAGUAGAUUACAGUUUCCAUUGUCAAAAUAAGCAUGAGGAUGUAGCAGCAGGAGAAGAGGCUUGGGAAGAGUUUGGCUGCAUUUUAUGGGAUCUAGCAGCUAGUAAAAAUCACGCUGAAUUCAUGGUUGAAAACUUUGUUCUUGAAGUGCUUUUGGCGACUCUGUUGGUCUCAAAAUCUGCACGGAUCACUGAAAUUAGCCUUGGUAUUAUUGGGAACCUAGCUUGCCAUGCUGUUCCGCGGAAAAAGAUCACUUCGACAAAUGGUCUGAUUGGAGCAGUAUUGCAACAGUUGUUUCUAGAUGACACGCCAUGUCUCACUGAAGCAUGCCGGCUGGUAACUUUAUUUCUUCCAAGCGAUGAAAGUGUUCUUUUGGCGGAAGCACUGCAAUCGGAACAUAUUUUAUGCCGUAUUUUGUGGAUUGUAGAGAACACUUUGAACAUCCAGCUUCUUGAGAAGAGCAUUAGUCUUCUCUUAGCAAUGGCUGAAAGUAAGCAGGAUGUGGUUGCUAUAUUGCUACCACCACUGAUAAAGUUAGGCCUCCCACGGAUUCUGGUUGAUCUCCUAUCUUUCGAGUUAAGCAAGUUAAUGGAGGAAAGAUCACCUGAAAGAUAUUCCAUUCUGGAUUUAAUUCUUCAGACUGUUGAAGCUCUUUCUGUCAAUGAUGAUUAUUCACAAGAAAUCUGCUCAAACAAGGAACUCUUCCAACUACUUGUUCAAUUGAUCAAGCAUCCAGAUAAAGCUGAGUUUGCCAACUGUUGCGUUACUGCUUCAGUUUUGACAGCAAAUAUUCUGACUGAUGCAACUGAUCUGGCUUUAGAGAUAUCACAGGACUUGCUUUUCUUACAGGGUCUACUUGAUGUAUUUCCUUUUGCUUCUGAUGAUAUAGAAGCACAAAGUGCAAUUUGGAGCAUUCUUGCAAGGCUACUGGUUCGAAUUCAAAAAACUGAUAUGAGUCCUUCAUAUCUGCACCAGCAUGUCUCAAUUCUCACAAGCAAGUCAGAGGUGGUUGAGGAUGAGCUUCUUAACUACAAUGUUGAUGAUUCAAGUGAAGACCAUAGAAGUUCGACCAAAUUAGCAGCAAGAACAUUUGCUCUAAAAGGAAUAUUUGACAUUUUAAGUCGAUGGAAAACUCUUGAGGACCACUUGAAGGGAACUCUCUAUAUGGAGGGAUGCUAUGUGAAUGAAAGAGAGGUUGAUAAAAUGUUGCAUUACUGUUGCAAAUACACCAAGUCUACUGCAGAAGAACUCAUGAAUGAUUCAACUAUGGACUAAUCUUAACAUGAUGAUGUAAGAUGCAUGACCAUCUAUCAUUUAUCGGGGCAUCUCAGGGCAGUACAGCAAAAAGGAAAUCACCUCACUUCAGAAUACCAUCUGGAAGGAUCUGUGGAGAAUUUACAAGUGUUCGCUUGGUUGAGUGCCCUUGAGAAGCUCUUCUUCUCUCGUAAAUCAUGGUGCUGAUUGAUUGGAUGAGCCUUUGUCCCAGCUUGGUGUUUAGGUAUCUAACUGCGAGCUGUUUGGGAGUAAUCACUGAUGACUACAAGUAACUUAAGUAGCUUGAAAAAGCCAUUCCAUCCAACAAUGCUUUUAGAAGAAUACCAGAGCGUCGUGCAGCUUGCCUAAUUCUCUGUUUAGUUGUCCAUUCAGAUGCUUUACUUCGUUAUGAUUAGCGGCUAUCUAACAUCAAUAUCAUUAACAAGGUUACACCUAUGAUGAAAUUGGGCAGAACACUGCUGGUUGAAUGUUCUCACAUCCCAAUUUUGCCGCAUGGUGCUUUGUCGUAUGGAUUGCUCUUUGGUGGAAACAAAAAACCAUGAGUUUGCUGUCAAGCAUUCUUUUUCUGUUGCAUGUACAUUCACUUGAUUUAUCCUUGCCAGGCUUAAAGCUUGUUCUCUAUUCAUCUAUGAGAAGGAAAUGAUUUUACACUUGUUCAUUUGUACCUGGCAGAAUCUUGGACUUGUUGGUGGGACUCUGGAAAGAACGGUUAGCUUUGUUCUGUGAAAUAAA